AUGUGGGACAUCGACAGCCAUGCAGCUCUCACCAGCGAUGUCGCUGAGCCAUCGAACUUGCACUUUCCGAACUCCUGCUAUCGCCCAACAGUCAAGGCCGUCUCGGUGGAGGACUACACUGACUGGGCAAGCUUGAAGCAGAAGGCCUGGGAGUUCGUGGAGUCGCCCUACCAGGGAUCCGAAUCGCUUGACUUCAUUUGCCCUUCCUGGUGGAAUGCCACGGGCUGUGAGUGCGAGUGCGCAGACUGCACGGUGCUGUUCACUCAAUGCCCUGUUGGCUUCAUGCUUUUCAGGUCUCUCUCGCUCUUGUGCGCUUCGAAGGACAACAAAAAUCAGCGCUGGCAUGAGUUGGUCCGGAAGCGAUGGGGCCGCGGACUGCUAGACUUGGCACGAUUGCGGCUGGGUUUCGCAGACAUCAUUGCAUCCGGCUGGCCUUACUUCGGAGUUCUCGCACGCAUUGGCGACCAACUCAGGUUGGAUGGCGUCACAGAAGAGUUCGCCACGGCUCUCAUCGAACAUGCGGCGGAGCCGGAGAGCCUGGCAGCGGGCCGCCAGGCUAUCGGACCGAGCAUGUGCCACGGCCUCAGCAAGGCACCAUACACUAAAGUAUUCUUGUUGGAUAUUGGCAUAUUUUAUGAUGUAGGUUUUCUGCGACUGGCCAACGGGGACGGCUGGGUGUUCAGCCGCGGCAUUGCUGGCAACUGGGUCGGGAAGACUAUCGCCGAGCCGAUCACCAUGACGGCCAGAAGUCAGGUCCAGGACACCAGCAACGAGUUCGUGAAGGCCGUGAAGAAGCUCGUCAAGGAGCCACUGCAGGAGCUUGGUCGAGAUCCGCUUUGGUAUGCCUACUUGACAAUCAUCUUCGGCACCUUUGCCUUCAUCUUCUUGAUGUUUAACAGCCACUGA